AAUGUUAAACGAAGCCACACUGGUAGCAACAAAGGUCGACACCUGGCUUUUAGGCGAAGGUGCUACCAGCUUACUCUACCGCUGGCAUUUUGCUAUGUGUAUUCGUGUCGUAAAAGAACAUGGCUUUGUGCUGCUGCCACUGGAGGUGGCGGUGGGGGAGCGGUGUAUAUACGACGGCUUCGACUUGGCGCACGGCCUGAAAUUCACUCAGAAGUGGGCGGCUGGUCCGCCGGUUCCUGGCACGGCGGAGGAAGGCGAGCGGGCGGAGGAAGCCGCCGGGGUCAAAAAGGGGCUCCUCGCCUGGCCCGGCGCCAAUCGAGGGCUCUCGGGCGGUUCCGGGCUCGGCAUCGCGGCUCCGCCUCGGGCCUGGAUUGGCGAGAGGCCUCGGCGGAGGCUCCUCCCCGCCGAGUUGGGGCCGAGCGAGGGAAGGGGCAAAGAGGAGACGUCGGCAAAAGGAACCGCGGCGGGAGACGGCGGAGGCCCCUGGAGCUCGCCCGCUCGGUUCGCCUCCUCGUUAGGAAAUGCCCUUCAAAGGAUUAUAUAAAACACUGCGAGUGCUGUGAUGUCUGAAACUGCGCAGAGGGGCUGCUUUCUGAAGGUGUCAAAGAUCCAGUUGGCCAUUGCAAGGGGUGAAACAAACUGAUGCAAGAGACCUGGCAGUGGACUGAGAUGGAUUGGCUGUGACAACCUGUGACUGGUGGAGGGGGGGGAGGGAGUGGGAAGAGUGAUGAUGAAAAGUUCCUGCCGAGCUGGCCUCCACCGGGAACUGCUGAAUUCUACAUCCUCCACCUUCUACCCAGUCAAACGAAUAUCUGGAAUGCACUUAAAGCCCUAUCUCAAGUUACAGAAGAAAGAGAGAUCUUUUGAAAUAAGCCUGGACUCUCCACGAAGCCCACCCAUGAGUGAACAGAGAUUGGCAAAAGAUGAAAAACCUAGGAAUCCGAAGCCAAACCUUUCACCCAACCCACCUCUUUGGAAACCACUGGGGAACCUCUCAACCAAUACACUCUAUAGUAGGAACAGCAACCAAAGCCAUGUGGAAGCACCCAGGGUCAAAGAGAAGAGAGCUACCCCGCCUGCCUCUAUCCAUCAGGGGGAAGAGGAAGAAGGAUUGCUGGAUAUCUGGGCGGUUGUAAAGCCUGGGAACACAAAAGAGAAAAUAGCCUUUUUUGCCGCCCAGCUAUGUAGUGACACCCGAGUAUUUUCCAUGAAGAACAAAAGCACCUGGGACAUAGAUGGGCGAGCAACCAAACGCCGGAAAAAGUCACUAGAUAUCAAAAAGGCCAAGGUCCACUUGGAAAGGAUGAGAGAGGCCAAUGCGAGGUGCUACCAGCCCGAGCCCUUUGCCUGUGGCAUUGAGCACUGCUCUGUACAUAAUGUGAAUGAUGGUGGGGAGGGAGGGUUCCCUGGUCGACCGUUAUCAGUUGUCGAGAUGGUUGCUUUCCUGGAGCAAAGAGCAAGUGUUUUGCUGGCCAGUUGCACCAGAAACUGUCCCAGUGCCUCUGCUGUGCCCAGAUUUGCUGGGCAACCUAAACCUUCCCCUUCUGCUCCUGGAUUCUUUUCUGACUUCAGGGCUUGCGAGGUUCCGUCUGAAAAGCCACCCUGUGGCAGUCACAGUGUAGAGCAGCAGGCUGAGCCAGUGCGUGUCUUGGAGAUGGUUGCAAAGCUUGAAUCAGAGUGCCUGAGGCGCCAAAGCGAACGUGAAGCAGGGAGCUUGUCUAGAAAUAGUAGCUUCCGGCGGAAUGUAGGGCGAGUGCUCCUGGCAAGUGGAAUACUACCAGAGAACGAGUCUGACAAGGUAUCAUCUCUGGUCCUCCACCAAGAAGAAUGUAAUGGUGAGAAGGUGGGGUGGGGAUCGAAGCACAAUGGUUCAGUGGAAGAUAGUUUAUGGGAAGGUCCCUCUUCUGGCCAGUCUUCCUUUGAUGAUUCUCUUGAAGGCAACCAUGAUCUUAAGCAUGGGCAAGGAACCAUAUCCGUCAACUGGUAUGAUUCUCAAAACAUCACUGAGUCACAUCCCUCUAAGUAUUCAGAAGCUGUUCAGACAUCACAUUUCUUAUAUAAAACAUCUUCAUCAACCGAACACGCACCAAAAGAAUCACUAGAUGUUCCUAAUUUGAAUGCAAGUGUCAGAGUGAGUGAAUCCCUGAAUAUUAGCAUAUCUGUCAGCAAGAUAGAUCAGAAUUGCAAAAAACCCCAAUCUUCUGAUUUGAGCUUUGGUGAAGAUUCUCUUCCAGGAAGACUUUUCUUGCUUUUAUCCAAAUGUGAAAUCUCCCAAGAGUGCCUGCAGUCAGUGGAGACCCCCACGGAGGAAUGUCCAGCAGGGACCCAAGGAAAGGAAGCUUCCUCUGCUGACCAAGUUUGUAUGAGAAGCCAUGUUUCAGGUGACUGCCCUGAUGUUUCCUCAGAUAAUGCACUGCAGAUCCUUGACUCAUCUCAUCUAAAGAGGCAAAGGUCUCAUGACUUUUUGGAAACCAGGUUUAAGAUCCAGCAACUUUUGGAGCCGCAGCAAUAUCUGGUCUUCCUGCCCCACCACAUCAUGGUGAAGAUAUUUGGCUUAUUGCCCACCAAGAGUCUGGUGGCCCUCAAAUGCACUUGUGGAUAUUUCAAAUUUAUCAUUGAGUACUACAAUGUCAGGCCAGCAGAUUCACGUUGGGUUCGUGAUCCACGCUACAGAGAAGACCCUUGCAAACAGUGCAAAAAGAAGUACACCAAGGGUGACGUCUCGUUAUGUCGGUGGCACCCCAAGCCCUAUUGCCAAGCUUUACCUUAUGGGCCCGGGUACUGGAUGUGUUGUCACAGGUCCCAAAAGAAUGUCCCCGGAUGCAAGUUAGGCCUUCAUGACAAUCAUUGGGUCCCCGCCUGCCAUAACCUUAAUCGUGCGAUUCACAAGAAAUCCAGGGAAAUAGAUGAGGACUGUUAGCACAUUCUGCACAUCGUUUGGGAGCCUCAAUCAUGGGUAGGAGGAGAAUUCCAUGCCUUGUGAUGUUUACACUGUGUAUAUUUUGUGGGUGGUUUUUUUUCCCCUCUUCCACAGGGCUACAAAACUGCACAUACUUUCAAUCACAAAGGCCUUUUUACCUUUUAGAGAAAAGAUUGUGUUUAGCCCACCCGUGUACAUAGGUGCUCUAGAAUAGCUUCAUCUUGGGUGUCUGACAGCCAGUUGACCAACAUCAAAGUGCUGCAAUGCAGCACCUCAAGUGUUUGCGGCUACUGUCUUGUGUUUUAAAAGUGUCUCAUUUUCAAAUCUGUAUAUCGUGUAUAAAAUAUACAUUUAUAUAUAUAAGUAUAUAUAAAUAUAUAUUAACAUUGUUUCUGAAAAGAAACUCUAAAUAUGUAAAAAAGAAUCAAUCUCUGAAAAGGAUGGUUUAACUGGACAACCUUAAAACUAGACUAGAACACAUAUGCAGUAGGUUAUAUUUGAGGGUGGUAGCAGGAAAAAGAAGACUUUUGUUGUCACAGAACUGGAGAGCUUUGGUCUAUUGCAUCCACUUUACCUUGGGUUUUUUUUUUUACUUAAUAAAAUGUGCAUUCUAAACCUGUCCUUUAUCAUUUUUUUCUUCCCAGUACUUAAAAACCUAGUACUUAAAAGAAAUUAUUUGGGAAAUAAAUGUGUAUUUUGUGGCACAUUAUUAUUUUUUCUUUUUUAGAUGCAGCAGGUUAUAAUAUCAAAAAUAUGAAAAUGAAUAUUACAGAUGUUAACCAUUUCUGACGAAUUUUGCAAAUCCCAGAAAAUUUUAUCAGCAGUCACAAAUUAAAUCUACAGUAUCGUUUUUCAAACAUUCAGUUUUCUUGACAUUGCCAGCUUGCAUAAACAUUACCUUAAUCAAAUAACAUAUCAUUAUCUAUUCUUAUGUGAGUUUACCUGCAUAUUACAUAAUUUGUAUGGUGCCAGCUUCAAAAUAAACCUAGACUCUUUUGCCAGAUAUGACUGGUUAAUAGGAGAGUCCGUGAUUUAAUCAGUAACAAUGGCAGAGGACUCAAUUUUACACUAAAAGCAGCUGUUUGUAUCAGGAAGCAACUUUCCCCAUGAAUCAUAUUUUGACUACUGAAAAGCAAGAUUUAUGUGCUUGAUUCCCUUUAUAAUCAAGAUCUUGUAAUUGUCAUUGGAAUCUCCUUGGUUAGUUCUUCCUUAAUAAAUUGUUAAUCUUAUGGAAAAUUCAUGAACAAAAUAGCUAAUUUUAAAAAAUCCUAAGAAUGAAAGCAAAUAAAGGAUAGCAAGGAAUGGAUUUAUCCUUAGCUUGAAGAAUUUCCUCCUUUCUCUCUGGAUUCUGAAUCGCUCACUAUGUAGUCCUAUGUCCUGAGCAGUGGUUUAAUUGCUUAAUUGAAUUGGGUAAUUAUCCAGUUAGCCUAAAAUGGAGAUACUACAAACAUUUUAGAGCAGUGUUUUUUGAACUUGGCACCUUUAAGAAGUAAAAAAAAAACACAAGAUGAGAAACCCGAUAAUGUUUUUCGGAAAGAUUGGUUAAUUUCAUGAAUUGUUACAUGCUCUGCAAAUUACUUUC